GAAAAUGGUGUUGCCCCAACAUGUUUCUCGACUGUUAAGUGGGAAUUUGGGAAUUUGAAAUACGAGUGGGAUGCCGAUCAACUGCUGCACCCUGGUUGAAUCUGGUUUUCUCUCGAGUGCAAGCAGUCUUCCACAUCUAAUUUUAUUAGUCUUCCAAUCCCAUCGAGCUACAUACAGCACAGCAGGAUGAAGUUUGAUCUGGCGAAUGGCCAGCCGCCCAACCUGUCGGCCGAAUCAGAACACAGCCACGACCACCACACACACGAUCUCGCUCAUGACCAUGGACACUCUCAUGAGCAUCUAGACCAUCCUGGCAAGUUUCUGGAACGCGACCUUCCCGACUUCACCGGUAGGGACUGGAACGAACGCGCAUUUACCGUCGGGAUCGGAGGACCUGUGGGAUCGGGAAAAACCGCUCUGACAUUAGCGCUCUGCGAGAAAUUAAGAGAUAGAUAUAAUCUGGGGGUGCUCACCAAUGAUAUCUUCAUCCCGGAAGAUCGAGACUUCCUUCAAUCCCACAACGCACUCCCCAACCCAUCGCAGAUCGUGGCGAUCGAGACCGGCGGAUGUCCUCACGCAGCCAUCAGAGAAGACGUCUCCGCAAACUUGGCAGCGCUUGAAAAGUUACAGACCGAGUAUAAAUGCGAGCUCUUGCUCGUCGAAAGUGGAGGUGAUAAUUUAGCGGCCAACUAUUCUAGGGAACUUGCCGAUUAUAUCAUCUACGUCAUAGAUGUAGCUGGUGGGGAUAAGAUUCCUAGAAAGGGAGGUCCCGGAAUCAGUCAAAGCGAUUUAUUAGUGAUCAACAAGAUCGACUUGGCCCCACAUGUGGGUGCUUCGCUAGAAGUGAUGAGACGGGAUUCUGACGUGAUGAGAGACGGCGGGGCGACGGUGUUUACGGCUGUCAAACAUGGGACAGGUGUUGAAGCAGUGGUCUCAUUUAUCCUGGCUGCUUGGGAAUCUAGUGGAGCAAAGAAGCUCUCUAUAAGUGUAUAAUCUCUUCCAUCUGGUCAUCUAUCAUCAAAGGUUCUGUUGCUAAUCUCCACACCGCAAGAUGUCAUGUUGCACAUUCAUUUGUUUUGCAUGGCUGCCUUCUUAUGUAUCUCGCAGUCAAAUCAAAAUCAGCGGUCAUUAUUUACUUGUAAUAUACGUUUUCAAGUUUACUUGAUUUUAACUUCCUGGUAUUUAAAUUCAAGAUAAUUAAUACUCGAACCUUGUCUCAAUAUUGCUGCAGUCG